UUUGUUUUUAUAAACAAUCUUUUCCUUCGCGCUUUGUUGGCGUUUGUUUGAAUUUCUUUUUUAUCGAAUGCUCUGAACUGAAUUCGUAGUCGCAAUCGAAAUCGAAUUCGAGAAUUCUUAUCAAAAGGUGAAAGGCUAUUCGUGUCAAAGGUACAAUGCCUAGAGAAAGUGUCAGUCUAGUCAAUCAUCUGGUGUUAUGUGGUUUAUACUAUCUACUGAUCAAUGCCAAAUGCAUUUGGGCACAAGAUGUAGGCGAAUUAUGUGUGAUUAAGGAUCUGCCGAGUGUGCAGGGUAUCUGUAUGUUAGAAUCGCAAUGUGAGCCACGUGUUGCCAAGUAUAUCAAGACUGGACGAAUAAGCAGCAUGCAAGUGCCUAGUUGUGGCCUUGGCACAUAUGAGGAGAUUGUUUGCUGUCCCGCACAAGAUUGCUGUCCCGAUGACAAAAGUUCGCCACAGCCAUCACAAUUGCCGCCUCAACAGCAGCAGCCUCAAUCGAAUGUUAAUGCGCCCAAAACAAAGGAUUUGGAUGAAUCUUCACCAUAUUUUGAUUUUCAACAACUGCUCAAUCAGAAGCAACAGCCAAAGAAACAAGAGACCAACAUCAUAUUGCCAGCUGAGAAUCAUGAAGCCAUAUGGCAACCACCUCGGGGAACACAUGCUCAAACCCAUGAAGCCAUAAGAUUCCAUCCCACUCAGGCACCACCACGUGUAAGAGAGCCAAAAAUUAUAGUAAAUAGACCACCAUCGAGACAGCCAACAAGAUGGAAUCAACCGUCUGGCUGGGAUCCCAUACGGCAGGUCAAUGACAGAUUGCGUCAACAGGGCAUGGACAUUGAGGCGGCCCGUCAGGUGCCAACCUUUGAAGAGAUGAUGAUGCCUUCAACACCAAGUACAACCACCAGCACCACCACCACCACCACCACUAUGAGGACAACUACAACCACAACGGAUUGGGCACUGUCGGAUCCAUUUGCACCAUUUCGUUUUCAGGCCAAAGAGCAACCUGGUCUGAUCUUUGGUCCAACAACAACUACGACAACAACUAGGACAAUUGCACCCACGCCAACAACGCGAGUGGAUGUUCCGAGAGAGAGGGCUGUGGUGCGAGCUUGCAAUGUGAUUCAGGCCAGAAUGGACAAGGACGCUCUAACCCCACACAUUCUGGAGGGUAUUCCUGUGAAUCUUGGAGUUUAUCCCCAUAUGGCGGCUAUAGCAUUUAGCAAAUUUGGUUCGAAUCAAUUUCGCUGCGGUGGCUCAUUGAUAGCGGCUCGAUUUGUUUUAACCGCCGCCCAUUGUGUGAACGAUGAUACCCCAGAUUUUGUGCGACUUGGAUCUGUGAAUCUGGAGACACCAAGUCCUGGAUAUCAGGAUAUACCCAUAUUGAAAAUUACCAUCCAUGACGAUUAUUUGAGUAGCAGCAAAUACAAUGAUAUUGCCAUAUUGGAACUAGCUACGGAACCCAUACUGGGGGGCAACAUAUUUCCAGCCUGCCUCGAAACGGAUGUCAGAGAUCCACCAGCGACUGCCAGCCUUUUUGUAGCCGGUUGGGGUGUAAUGAAUACAACGACUCGACAACAAUCGAAAAUCCUGCUUAGAGCCGCCUUGGAGAAUGUGAAUCUGUCCCAGUGUAAUGAACUUUUUGCCGAACAGCCGAGCAGUAAGAGAGAACUGAAACAAGGAGUGAUCGAUUCGUUGCUCUGUGCCGCCGACAAGCGACGACAGAAGGCCGAUGCCUGUCAAGGCGAUUCGGGCGGACCAUUGAUCUUUGAGCGCAAUCUCACGGAUGGCAAUUAUACCAUUGUGGGUAUUAUAGCAUCGGGUUUCGGUUGUGCCACCAAAACGCCAGGACUUUAUACGCGUGUCGCCUCCUAUUUGGACUUUAUUGAGAAGGUCGUUUGGCCGGAGGAUGGUAAUAGGAUCAAUGAUCUAUAGACUCUAAAUAAAUUCAAACUUCUAAUACAAAAUAAAAUACACAGAUUUCA